AUGCCCCCUCCUCCAAACGGGAUAUUUGACCGAUCCAAGUGGCAGUGGGGGAAUUCGCCUGGUUUAGGUCAAGGGCCUGCAGUGGAUACGGGAGCGCAGAGAGAGAGAGAAGGGGGAGGCGUAUUUUUUUUUCCCAGCCGCAGCGGUUCAAAUUCAUUCUACCAGCUCACGGGAUCCGACAUGGCCCGUGCUGUGUGCAAAGCCACUACUCACGAGGUGUCGCCGCCCAAAAAGAAGCACCUGGAAUACCUUGUGUCCGCCACAAACACCACCAACGUGAACAUCCCACAAAUGGCUGACACGCUUUUCGAGAGGUCCACUAAUGCCAGCUGGGUGGUGGUCUUCAAGGCUCUCAGCACCACCCACCACCUGUGCAUCCACGGCAACGAGGUUGACAAAAUAUGA